UUCCCAUUCUGUGUCUCUCUCUCCGUUGCAUCAAUCAAUUCCUAAGUUUUUAUUGCAAGAAACAAGAAACCAAAGACACAAGAGUGCAAUAGGACGACCCUCACACAGAUCAGCAAAGCUAAACCCUAAUUCAUAUGUACACAUAUUUACAUAAAUUGCCACUCUGCAACACAAACCAUAGAGAGAGUGAGAGAUGAUGGACGGUGGAAAUGGUCACCGGCCAACUUUCCCCUUCCAACUACUCGGAAAACGAGACUCCGACGACAAACCCUCCUCUACCGCCGCCUCCUCCAUCUUCUCAUUCGAACAACAACAUCAACAGCCACCUCAAACGCAAACGCAGACGCAGACGCAAACGCAACCACAAGAGUCAGCCACGGCUGCCGGUAAGAAACCGCCGCCGAAGCGGACGUCGACAAAGGACCGACACACGAAGGUUGACGGUCGAGGUAGGAGGAUCCGAAUGCCAGCCCUAUGCGCGGCUAGGGUUUUCCAGCUUACUCGAGAGCUCGGCCACAAAUCCGACGGAGAAACCAUAGAGUGGCUUCUCCAGCAGGCGGAGCCCGCCGUCAUCGCUGCCACCGGGACCGGAACUAUUCCGGCGAACUUCACCUCCUUGAAUAUCUCUCUCCGUUCCUCCGGCUCCUCCAUUUCCCUCCCCUCCCGUUUCCACUCCGCCGCCGCCGCAGCUUACGUUAACCCUAAUAUUCCCUUCUCCUCCACUUCUGCUUUGUUGCAACAACAACAACGCGGGUAUAAUAUCCAUGGAAGAACCACGUCGAGUGCUUCUCUCUUCCCUGGUCUCGACACGUUCGUGCCCACAACGACGUCGUUUUUGGACUUCCACAACCCCACGAGUAGCCAUCUCUUGAGCUAUCCAUCAGGCAUACAAGCGAAACAAGAAGGUGCUUCAAGUUUGGAAGACGAAUCGGAAGAGAAGAAGCGGAGGGUCGAAACAACGACGGAUUUGCAUCAGCAUCAUCAUCAAAGCUAUGCUUUGCAAUCUAGCAACAGUGGGCCCACCACGGCUCAGAUCCCCGGAAACUUCUGGAUGGUCGCUGCCGCAAGUAACCACCACGCCGGCGCUGGAGUCUUGGUAUCCGGCGGCAGUGGAGGAGGAGAUCCCAUAUGGGCGUUUCCUUCUGUUAACUCCGCCUCCUCAUCCACCACCCUGUCGAGCGGCUUACACCUCAUGAACUUUGCCGCCGUAGCUCCUCCGCAGAUGGCUGUACUUUCCGGCGAACAUAUAUCCUCCAUGAUUAAUACGAUCAACGAAGAUAACGGCGGAGGAGAUGGUGAGAGUGAUCAUCAUAUCAAAGGCAUAUGAGUGUUCUCUCUGGCCUCAAUCCAUACGGACGACAUGUCUCGGGCGAGUCUCCGGUGAGUGGAUCACACGGCGGAGUAGGCAGAGAAGAGCAGAAUGAUGGUACGAGGAUAGCUUGAUAACUCAGGCGGCGACGGCGGUGCAAGUGUGUGCAGUGAUUUCGCCGUUAAUUUUUGUGUGUAGUAAUUUUUUUUCCCUUGGGCAAAAUAACGUGAGUUUUUUUUUACUCGAUUUAUUUCCGUCGCUUCUUUAGUUUUUUUUUUAUUAAAAAAAAACUUAAUUCCGCUAUUUUUGGGGAUGUGAGUGAUUAUAUAAUUUCCAUCAGGUUUUUCUGAUUUUGAGGAGAAUGAACCCUUUUGUUA